CAGCUUAUGCAUUUGGAGCAGCUCAUGUUGAGUUAGGACAAUGGCAGAGAGCAGGUUUUUUAACUGCAGGUAACAAGCCUAUUAAACAUGAGAAAGAGAUGAGAGAGCUGGCUGAAGCUAUUGUGUUGCCACUAGAGGUAGCAAUUGUCAAAUGUAAGGGCCAUGAUAGCUCAGACUCAGAAGCAGCCAGAGGGAACAGAGUGGCAGAUCAGGCAGCAAAGGAAAUUGCAGGGUACUCCACACAGCUUAUGAUGGUCACUGUUGAGGAAGAGCUGAGAAGGAAAAGCCAGUGGACAGAGGAGACAAUAAGACAGGAACAAAAGGGGGCGUCGCCCCAGGAACAGAUAGUGUGGAAACAGAGAGGUGCAACAGAAACUCAGGGACUCUGGAGAGGACAGGAUGGUCGUCUUAUUUUACCACCAGGACUGAGACAGAUGGCUUUUGAGGAAGCACACGGCUUAGGACAUGUAGGGACAGCUCAAAUGGAAAGGAACUUAAACAGUCAGUGGUGGCAUCCUUUCAUGAAAAACAUGGUAAAAGACUAUGUAAGACAGUGUUCUACAUGUACAGCUUAUAACUCCAAACCCACUAUCAAGCCAGAGCUGGGAACUUUUCCCAUUCUUGUGAGACC